AUGGUCACAUUUAAACAUUGUUAUUGUGCACGUGCGUUCGUUUGUUUUCAGCUAUUUAAACGAAUUAAUAGAUUGCGAAUCAAAACCAUGCCCGCCACACCCGCAGCCAGCAAGCCCACGGAGCCGCACAAGUCCUGGAAGAAGGUGAACGAGGAGCGGAAGGCGCUGAAGCGACAGCGCAAGCAGGACAAGCUGCUCAGGGAGCUGCAGCAGGCCAAAGACGCCGAAUCCCAGGCGGCACAGGUCGCCCAGACGAAGGACCGGCCCAAUCCAUCCACCCUGAGCAUAGCUGUGCCCGGCUCCAUCCUAGAGAAUGCCCAAUCCGCCGAGUUGCGGGCCUAUGUGGCCGGGCAAAUAGCCCGGGCCGCCUGCAUCUUCCGCGUGAACGAGGUGAUCGUCUUCGACGACGUGGGCAUAGCCACCGCCCGCGAAACCAAGCGCAGCUACGAGCCGGAUGCGGAGGGCACUGGCACGGGCACCGUGCGCAGCAGCUCCCUGCAACUGGCCCGCAUCCUGCAGUACCUGGAGUGCCCGCAGUAUCUGCGCAAGUACUUCUUCCCGCUGCACAAGGACCUCAAGUACUCGGGACUGCUCAAUCCGCUGGACACGCCGCACCACCUCCGGCAGCAGAGCAAGUUCCGGUACCGCGAGGGCGUCAUCUGCGACAAGAAGGCCAAGGAGGGGCACAGCUACGCGAAUGUGGGGCUGCUCAACGACGUUCUGGUGGACAAGGCCAUUGAGCCCGGCGUCCGGGUGACGGUGAAAAUGGAGCCUCCAAAUGAGACCAGCAGAAAGCAGCGCGGCACCCUGGUCAGUCCGGAUGAGCCGCGUCGGGAGACGGGCGUCUAUUGGGGCUACCAGGUGCGCAUCGCCCACUCGCUGUCGGAGAUCUUCACAAAGUCACCCUACGAUUCCGGCUACGAUGUCACGCUGGGCACCUCGGAUCGCGGCACCAACGUGCACGAGGUGCCCAGCCAGUCAUAUGGCUUCAAGCACAUGCUCAUCGUAUUCGGAGGACUGCAGGGCCUGGAAUCUGCGCUGGCCAACGACGAGAAGCUGACGGUGGACGACCCGGAGGUGCUGUUCGAUCACUACGUGAAUGUCUUGCCCCGCCAGGGAUCUCGAACGAUUCGAACGGAGGAAGCCUUGCUGAUUGCGCUGGCAGCUCUGCAGGACAAACUGAAACCGGAGGUGGCUGAUGUGGAGACCGAUCUGAGCGACCUGUUGCCUCAAAGCGAGGAUACUGGCAUUUCUGUGCGCCGAGAUGUAUUGGUUAGCAAAAAGCAGAAGAAACGGAAGCAGGUGGAAGACACUCCAGAAGCACCAGUCGCUGAGGAACCUACUCCGCCGAAACCCUUGCCCAAAGUGGCUCGACUGACAGCCAAUCCGUUCGGCGAUCCCUCCCAGAGCUCAGAGAAAACCAUCCACGCUGAUGACGAUUUCGAAGUAGUUUCCUCCACAACUGUUUCGGGGACAAGGCAAUCGAGUGGCAAUGAGGACUUGAGUCGGUUCGAUUGAAUGGAAUAGUUGGAAUUUUAUUUUUGUAAAUAUACAGAUCCAUAUGUGUUGCUUAAA